CUGAGUCUCAACUUGCUCAGGAGCAGUGCUGCGGCACAGACGGUAAUAGACACGCAGCGCGACCAGCAAAGACAACUUACAUACGUUUCCCACCAGUAGAAAACCAGCGAGCAUCGAUGCGAGCCGCCGCCGCACUCGCGCGCCACGCGGCAAGGGUGCAGCGCCGGACGCCAGUCGCCGCGCGGCGCUGGCGCCCGCGGCCCACACAACUGCGCCGCAACGCAUGGAGAUGCCUCAGCUCCAAGAACGACGGCGACGACGACGACGGCGGCCCCGUCGCCGUGACCAUCGACGACGACGACAGCGACGCGCCCGCGAGCGUCGGCGUCGGCGACGGCGCGCCGACGCCGGAUCGAGUAUUAGCGUUGGCGUUGGCGCGGCGACCGUUGUUCCCGGGCAUGGUCCACUCCUUGUCUCUGGGUCCUACUGCGGCCGCAGCCUUGCAAGCUGAACGCGACGCGGGUAGACCUUACGUCGCCCUAUUCCUACGAAAAGAACCCGCGGAGGAACACGAGGCCGCCGAAUUAUUUACGCCUUCUGAUUUGGACGAAUGUUUGGAUACAGUCCACGGCACGGGCGCCUUCGCCCAGGUGCACAACGUCGCCGAGGGCUCCGACGGCCAAUCUCAAGCUUUGUUGUUAGUCCAUCGAAGAGUCGACGCCUCGACCGUAGUAGAUGCCGGCCCACCACCUAGGUUAGGAGUAGAACACUGGCCGAGAGAAGCGUGGAUCGACGAGGACGAUGGCACGAUCCCACCUACCAAAACGGGAAGGAGAAAGAAGGACGCGUCGAGGGGCGACCUCGUGCGAGCUCUGUCGAAUGAGAUCGUGGCGGCCAUCCGGGAAUUAGUGCAGCUCAAUCCAUUAUACCGGGAACACAUGCAGUACUUUACGCAGAGGGUCGACAUCGCGGACCCGUUCAAGCUGGUGCGCUCGCGGCGUCCCGUCGCGUAGAGUCACGCCAUCAACUCGUGGCCAUCGCACGAUGCCGGGUGUGGUUUCUUGUUCGAAUUUGAGCUGUUUCGGACCGCGUCGGGGCCGUCGCGGCGUGUCAGAGAGACAGCGGUCGCGUCGAUGGCGUCUUCACGAGACAGCGCCGCCGCGACGCCGUCGUCGUGAUCCCACGAGAGUCUACGUGGUCAUCAGGACGCCGUCGACGCGAUGCCACAUUGGACCGCUUCCAGUGAAUACGAUGCCCCGCGCAGGCCGACUUCGCGGCGUCCUUGGCUACUGCCAAAGGUCCGGAUCUCCAGAUUGCUCUGGAGGAGCGCGACGUCGUCAAGCGAUUGAGGUUGGCUCUGGAUCUCGUUUCCCAAGAACGCGAACUAAGUAAACUCCAACAGGAGAUCUCGCAACAGGUCGAGACAAAAUUAUCGUCCCAGCAGCGCACGUUUUUACUGAAUGAACAGUUAAAAACCAUCAAGAAGGAGCUGGGCGUCGAGACGGACGACAAGGAUGCGCUGGUCAAGAAAUUCAGGAACCGCAUCGCGUCGAUCGAAGGUGUCGAGGAUGUCGAGGAGGAGUCGGCGGAGGAGAAGUGGAAAGAUGGUGUGAUACCAGCAGUAGCAAGGGCGGCCAUCGAGGAGGAACUUUCGAAAUUGGAGGCGCUCGAGAAGAAUUCCGCUGAGUUUAAUGUGACGCGCAAUUACUUGGACUGGCUCACGGGCCUGCCCUGGGGAAGCGUGUCGGGUGAGGUUUUUGACGUGGCGGCCGCGAAGGAGGCUUUAGACGACGUGCACUACGGCAUGGACGACGUGCGAUUGCAGUGUCAUCACGCCGUCGCCGCGUCGAUGGCGUAUGAGCUCUCGUGGAUGCGAGUCGCGAGUCGCGUCGAUGGCGUAGAGAGACGCGUGGGUACCCACACAGGUCAAGGAGCGCAUCCUGGAGCUCGUAGCCGUAGGGAGUUUAGUAGGCGGCGUGCGAGGCAAGAUCUUGUGUUUAGUAGGGCCCCCAGGAACGGGCAAGACCAGCAUUGGGAGUAGCAUCGCCCAGGCGCUCGGGAGGGAGUUCUACCGCUUUAGCGUCGGUGGUCUCGGGGACGUGGCGGAGAUCAAGGGCCACCGCCGAACUUAUGUCGGAGCCAUGCCGGGGAAACCGAUUCAAUGCCUGAAAGCGACAAAAAAAUUCAAUCCCGUGGUGUUAAUUGAUGAAGUGGAUAAAUUGGGGCGCGGCGGCAAUUCGGGCGACCCCGCGUCGGCGUUACUUGAGCUGCUGGACCCCUCGCAAAAUGCGAACUUCCUGGACCACUAUUUAGAUGUACCGGUAGACUUAUCGAGGUGUCUAUUUGUCUGUACGGCAAACGACGCGUCACUCAUCCCCGGGCCGUUGCUGGAUCGCAUGGAGGUCGUUAGGUUGGCGGGCUACGACCUGGAGGACAAGGUCGCCAUCGCGCGUCAACAUCUGGUGCCCAAGGCGCUCGAGGAGGCCGGUCUCCAGUCUACCGAUGGUGUUUCUUUUGAUGAUGAUGCUCUCGUAGCGUUGAUCCGGGGCCACGCGCGGGAGGCCGGUGUUCGAACGCUCCAGAAGCUCGUGGAGAAGAUUGGGAGAAAAGUUGCUUUACGGGUCGUGCGCGACAAUGACCCAUCAGCUGCUGCUACGAGACCGGAGUCGGAGAAGGGUUCUGGAUAUGCCGUGACGGUGGACACCUUGGAGGACUUCGUGGGCAAGCCCCGGUUUUCCAAGGACCGGUUGUACGACGAUGCUGCCCCGGUCGGGGUCGUCAUGGGCCUCGCCUGGACGUCCAUGGGCGGCGCGGCGUUGUAUGUGGAAGCUACGAAGUUGAGUGGAGGCGACAAGGGCGCGCCGAAGCUGUCGACGACGGGGCAGUUAGGGUCAGUCAUGGAGGAAAGCACGCGCGUCGCGCUGAAUCAUGUGAGAUCACGUUUAGAUGGAGAGUUGGACGGGGAUGAGUUGCAUAUUCAUGUGCCCGACGGCGCAACCCCUAAAGACGGUCCUUCGGCUGGAGUUACUGUGGCGACGGCGCUGCUGUCGCUGGCGACCGACAAACCCGUGCGCCAAGAUUUAGCGAUGACCGGUGAAUUAUCCUUGACGGGUAAGGUGCUACCGGUCGGCGGCAUCAAGGAGAAGGUCAUCGCGGCGAGACGCGCGGGCGUGGCGCACGUGUGCCUGCCCGACGAGAACCGGCGCGACUUCGACGAGCUGCCCGAGCACCUGAAAAAAGACCUGGAGGCGCACUUCGCGGCGACCUUCGAGGACGUCGUGGGGCUGGCGUUCGCGGACUAAGAAUGUUUUAAUUUA